UCACAAAUUGUAGGUGCGUAUGUGAAGUUUAUAAAAACGAAAAAUAGCUACUAAAAUAAUUAGAAAAGGGUUUUAGGGAAUUUUGGCGGUUAGGGUUUUAGUAAGAUUGAUACAUUCAGCAAUAGAAAUUUUCGCCUAAAAACUAAAAACUGAGCGUGCCCAGGCUUUCAGUUUAUUUUUUCUUUUUUGAAUGGUAUUUUUGGAAGAUUUCUCUGUUUCCGAUCCGAAAAUCCCAACGGUGCUUCAGAACUGUGCAGAAGUUUUGAAGGGGUAGCUGAAACAUCUAAGAAAGGGCUUUGUUGGUUUGAACUGAAGCGCUCUGGGAUGGCAGAGUGGGGUGUCCACCGGCAAGUUAAAUUCUUGGGCCCUCGAGGAGAUAGCACUUCCAAACAGUUGUCUGGCAAAAUCGAGGAAGAAUAUGAUGAAGAUGAUAAAAAACACGUGAAAGCUGAGUUGAUUUCAUGCCCAGAAGUACGGAAGAGAAAGUGUCUUUCCUCCAACCAACUGAGAAAAGAAAAAGCUAUAAGAUGUGGGGAACAAAGGCUACAUAGUAGUCCUAACAAGGGCAAGCAAAAGAAGCACAACAGUUCUGUAGAGAGAUGGUCUGCUGAAAGGUAUAAACUGGCUGAAGAAAGCAUGUUAGAGAUCAUGAAGGCUGAAGGGGCUGUGUUUGAGAAUCCAAUAUCUCGGCCUGCUUUGAGAAUGGCAGCUCGUAAACUUAUUGGUGAUACUGGGCUCUUGGACCAUCUGCUGAAGCAGAUUGAUGGAAAGGUGGCACCUGGUGGUACUGAUCGGUUUCGCCGCUGUUACAACACUAGUGGGGUGAUGGAGUAUUGGCUAGAGAGUGCUGACCUUGCCAACAUACGAAAAGAGGAUGGGAUCUCCCCAUUUUGGCAGAAACCUGAUGGGGGUCGCUUUCAUGAUUCUGUUUGUGCUAUAGAACUCCAACUACUUAAAGAAGAAAUGGCCAAAAUGAAGAGGUGCCUUCUAUUUUUUGUAAAUAGGGAUAUGCAGGAGCUGGUAUCCAAGCAGCAAGAGCAAGAUCAAGCUAGUUCGAUUGAGGAGAUGCAGAAAGAAAUGGUGAAAUGGAAAGCGAAGACAGAUGAAUGCCUGAUGGAGUUUUCAAGUUCGUUGAAUGGUGUGCAGAACAUGUGCAAGGAACUAAUGCCAUGGAAAGCUAGAGUUGAGCAGCAGAUGCUGGAAAUUUCAAAUUCAUUGAGCAGUCUGCAGGCAUCGAAGCAAUGCACUAUCUUUAGUCCAUCAGCUUCUGAAAGGUGGGAAGAUUGGUUGGAGAGCACCAACCUUGACAAUUUUCAAGGGGGUAACUUGACACCCUGGUUAGAGAACCCAGAGCUGAUUAAUUUUGGGCAGGAUGUAGUUCAAGAUACAGAUCUGGCCCCACUAGCAUGGUCAAGACCUGGUCAUAGCCCCUCUCAAGGCCCCAUUUUUGCGCAAGAGCUGGAUAUACUUAACGAAGAAACGGCUAAAAUAAAGAGUGAUGUGCAGGAGCUAGCACCAAGGAGGCAAGAGAAAGAUCAGGCAAAUGUGACACCUGAUUCUUCUGUUACUGCCAAUUCAAAGUUAGAUCUUGAUAAUUCAUUGCUUCUGUUUCAGGACCAAUUUGCAAUCCCCUCUUUGACAGGAAAUGUUGAAGGAUUUGGUGAAAUGGAAAGCUAAAAUUGAGCAACAGCUGAUGGAGAUUUCAAGUGCAGUUAGUGCUAUGCAGACAUCGAGGAAGUAACUUAUUCUUUUCCUUGGAAAUGAAUGGAGUAUUCAGUUUCAAUCCCCCAACGCCCCCUCCCUACCAGGCCUGCCUCUUCCAUUUUAUCUCCUUUUUGUCCUCGUUGGAUAACUUAGAUUAGAUUUAUAUUAGUAUAAUUUAGAUCUUGUAUAGGACAACACUGAAGCCUAGCUCCUCCACUUCCAAUACAAUGGAUCCGUGGCGCCACAUCUAACCUUAACCUACAAAGAAGAACUUACAUUGUGAGCUGCAAGUUGUCAAUAUCAUGCUCACAGGGUAGAAACCUUUUUUCCAGGUACAGAUUUUGUGUAGAAAUAUGCUUAAUUUAGUUCAUGACCUGUGGAUCUGUUUAUUAUAUUUGACUUGUCUUUUACUAAUGACAUAUAUUAAAUUAUAUGAAUGUGGAUUGCUAUGGCUCCAGUGGGUUGUUACAAGUGCAUGUAAUGUGCUCGGAUGCUGAGGUAGUUGCCAUUUUUUUUAAUUAUUAUUUUAUCAUUAUUAUUUCAAGUAAUAUCAGGCUGCUGACUACUAGGUCUAGCAUUCUGUGUUGUUUUAUGAAAUGGCUAGGUUGUGAUUUUGAAAAUUAUAGUAAAAAACUCAGAUUCUGGUACGUUUAUA